UGACAGGAUGGUUGGUCCAACGUGUCAAACCUAGGUGUCCGGAGCUUUUCUGGCUGCCCCGACGCAGUCGGCAUUUAGUGAGGUUGGAGAGGCAAGGCAUGAAGGGACACAGAUUAAGGAGAGAGCCCAGGGUUUGGCUCCCGGUUAGCGGGGAGGGGCCAGCAGAGGAUCUGGGCACCGCUUCCUCCCCAAGUUCCGCCCCAAGCACGCCAGCCCCGCCCCCGUCGUCACUGCUCCGCCCCGCCGCUGGCCCCUGGUGGGGCUGGGGCUCCCCCUGCACACCCCGACUUCCCCCCUACCGGCUCCGGGCCUGCACCGGCACCGCCUCCUCGCCGACGCCUCCUGGGUCUGACAAGAUGUACCAGGUCGCACUGCCACUGGACCGGGAUGGGACCCUUGUCCGGCUCCGCUUCACCCUGGUGGCCCUGGUCACGGUCUGCUGUCCACUUGUCGCCUUCCUCUUCUGCAUCCUCUGGUCCCUGCUCUUCCACUUCAAGGAGACAACGGCCACACACUGUGGGCACACACCUCACCAGAUGUUCUCUGCGGCCUCCCAGCCCCUGGACCCCGACGGGACCGUGUUCCGGCUCCGCUUCACAGCCAUGGUCUGGUGGGUCAUCACUUUCCCCGUGUUCGGCUUCUUCUUCUGCAUCAUCUGGUCCCUGGUGUUCCACUUUGAGUACACAGUGGCCACUGAUUGUGGGGUACCCAAUUACCUGCCAUCGGUGAGCUCUGCCAUCGGCGGGGAGGUUCCUCAGCGCUACGUAUGGCGCUUCUGCAUUGGCCUGCACUCAGCACCCCGCUUCUUGGUGGCCUUCGCCUACUGGAACCACUACCUCAGCUGUGCUUGCUCUUGCCCUGGCUACCGCCCACUUUGCCGGCUCAACUUCAGCCUCAACGUCAUUGAGAACCUCGCGCUGCUGGUGCUCACCUACGUCUCAUCCUCCGAGGACUUCACCAUCCAUGAGAAUGCUUUCAUUGUGUUCAUCGCUUCAUCCCUCAGUUAUAUGCUCCUUACCUGCAUUCUCUGGCGGCUGACCAAGAAGCACAAAGUAAGUCAGGAGGAGCGAAAAUCCUACAGCUGGAAACAGAGGCUCUUCAUCAUCAACUUCAUCGCCUUCUUCUCUGCACUGGCAGUCUACUUUCGGCACAACAUGUAUUGUGAGGCUGGAGUAUACACAAUCUUCGCCAUCCUGGAGUACACUGUUGUCCUAACCAACAUGGCAUUCCACAUGACUGCCUGGUGGGACUUCGGGAACAAGGAGCUGGUCAUUACCUCCCAGCCUGAAGAAAAGCGAUUCUGAACCCCUCUCUCUCCUGCUGGGGAAGAGGAGGCCCACUGCCCAGAAACAAGGAACAAGAUGACAUGCUGGCCUUCCCUACUUGUGUCCUCUUUGGGCCCUACUGAAGCCGAGAUGAGGUGGGGUGGGGUGGAGGGAGGAAGGGCAUAGGAGAAGGCUUUACCCCAGCCCUGCUGGCUUCUUUCCCCCACCUCCCAUAUGGGCAGCGGGCCUUUAAGCAGCAUCACCCCUGCCCGAGAGACCUCAAGAAGCUGUGUGGUAGGAGAGCUCCACCUUCUGGUGCUAAAAAAGAAAAGUCCUGAUGUUCACAACCACAUCCUAGUUUUUGACCCUUACAGAGCCACCUCUAAGGUUAGGGACCAUGGAGCAGGGGCCACUACCUGAAAUCCAGUCUUUUAUCUCCAUGGGGUCAUCCACUUGACAUGUCUUAAGAUCUACUGUGCAUAUCCAGACCUACGGCCACAGUCCCCUGCUAAGUUUGCCCAGGUGUUCUAGUCCUGACUUCACCUCUUCGGUGUGUGCCCUUCCCUACCUGAGCCUCAGUGUGUCCAUGUGUAUAAUGGGGAGUGGGGUGGGCUACAUGAUUUCCAAGGACCAUUCCAGUCUGUGGUUUUGAUAUCACCUGAUAGAGGUGGUAAUCCAUAUCUGAGUGGAUGACCCGCUCCAAAAAAGGAACCCAGCACAGCAUGUAAUUUCCCUUCCCCUCUGAAAUUUCUGGCUUACACUCUUCCUUCUUUGCAAAGGUGUGGGUGGAGUUGUCAAAAACACAGAUUCCUACUCUAAAAUGGGCUCCCUGGUGUCCCCCCAUCCUCUCUGUGCCCCAGGCCCUGAGCUCUUCUGGUUGUACAGUUUAUUUCAAAGAAAAUAAAUAUUUUUUUGCAAACA